AUGAGGUCUUCUAGUCUCGUUGCUGGGCUGUCCAUUGCAGCCCAGGUCCUGGCAAAGCAGGCCCCGACGCUUGAGGUUGUUGCCAGGCAGUUGUGUGGCUGGCAAGGGCAUUGCUAUGGCGAUCCCUGUGAGGGUUACAGCGACUGUGACGGCGACAUGAUAUGCAUCGCCAGCCAAUGCCGUCAACCGACGCCUACGACGGCCUGCGUGUGGCCUGGCCAUUGUCUCGGCGAUAAAUGCAAGACCGAAAAUGACUGCGACAUGGACUGGAUUUGUCUUGCGGGGCAGUGUGCUAUCCCGGAUGAAGAUCCGGCGCCGGUCAUCCCCGAGCCGACAACGACUCCCUCGGCUACUUGCGAGUUUCCGGGUCAUUGUCUUGGAGAUCCCUGCGUUGUCCACGAGGACUUGCACCACACCGGAACCGGAAGCCAGUGGAAUUCCAUGCGCAGAUGCUGGCUGUGUUGGCGCUUCUUGUGCCACUGA